GAGCUGUCGGAAUUAUAUCGGCCAGCCUGGACCAGAGCGGCCAUCAGCGGUUCCAUGCGCGCGCGCCGGGGCAGCUCCAGGACGCGUCAAAUUCAGGCACGCCGCGUCUGUGUGCUUAUGAGACCGCAUACAACAUAUGGCCGGCCGCGGGCACGUGAAAAUAAGGCCCUACCAGCCAAUCGACAUGGUGCGAUGCUCGCGCACAAGAACCCUGUCGCGCAAUCGCUCGUUAUUGCUCUUCCGACCCGGCAAACAAGCCUUACGUGAGGUCUAGUUAGAACUUUUGCGGUCGGGAAUUUCUUAGCGGCGCUGCGCUGUGCGCUGCCGGUCCAAUCGCCAAACCGCUCGCGGAACUAGUCUCCCCGCUCCCUCGCUGGGCCCGUUAAGAAAUUCCAGUCGCGACAGACUGGUCGGUAUGGUAGCAAGGAUUGCAUUAUGCCUGGCUGGGGCAUCUAAUUGCGCGCGCCGAGCACCUGCACGCGACACAUGCUUGCACCGCGCACAGCCAAAGCAGCGCCACAAGUCCGCUCCGAAAGCUAGGGGCUUUCAUACGCACUUUAUAAGACUAUGAAGGUUGUUUGGAACCGAUAGGGACAGCUAGGGCCGUGGAAGUCGGCCGGUCGGUCGGUUCAGUCGCGAUUGGACAUGGUGGGACGCAGGGCGGCGAGUUUAAUGCUAGGCCCCGGGGCGGGGACGUUCUAAGUACAUGAAUGGCCGAAAACCGCGGCCGAAGCAGCAAAGCACGGUGGUCGCCCGGUUUCGGCCCCAUCGCGAUGGGAGUGGACCUGCCCUCUGCCCUGUCCAUGGACGUGCGAGGUCGCUUCUCGCUCCGGCCGAGUUUUACCUGCUGCCUAUUUUUCUACAAAGGGAAUAGCAAGUAAUAUUACGUGGCGCACCUGUAAUAAAAUGAAAAG